AACCUGCACUUUCCUGUCUCCCACCCCUACGCGCAUGACUGCGUGUCAAUUGUAAGGCUUCAACCGUGUAAUUGCAGAGUUCAUUCCUGAAAAGGAUCCAAUAAAUUUUAACACCAAAACACGGUUGAGCAGUCUUUAAGGGACAAAGACUAACGCGCAUCCCACCACCCGAUAUAAGAGGUGGUAACAUCCACUUCUAUAUUCAUCUGCCUUUUCCCGUUUCAUGUGUAUCGUCUCAGAUAUUUUCUCCCUGUAAGCUAUAAUUCUAAUUUCCUUCCUUCUCUGUUCUUCAAUUUGCAUUUUUGUCAAACAGUUUGUCUUUAUUCCGCCGCAUCAUUGUUACAUACUCUUUUGUCUGUCACAAAGCAUGUCCAAUAUUUUGCAUGUUAACUUAAAUUGCAUAAAGCCCAUACUCGAUUUGCCAACCACCCUUAGCAAACCCAACAAGCGAUGGCACUCGGCCUUUGCUACUAUCUAUUGUUUCAGGGCUUUACAUUCUCUUCUCAAUAAGAAGAAGAAUAGCAGCAAAGUUCCAAUCACUACUCCUUCCUUUGUUGUCCUUAAUGUUAAGCCCGAUGCCUUCUCAAGCAUUGAUCAGACAACUCUCAAUGCAAUUGUGAAGGGGAAAAACUUAAACCUGCUUCUUGAAUCUGGAGGAGUUGAAGGCGUGGCUGAUGCUCUAGAAACAGAUAUCAAAAAUGGCAUCAGUGGUGCUGUUGACGAUGUUGCUCUCAGACAGGAAGCUUUCGGUUCAAACACAUACAAGAGGCCGCCUCCUAAAAGCUUAUUCCACUUCGUGGUGGAAGCUUUUAAGGACGUCACCAUUCUCAUACUUCUAUUUUGCGCCGCGCUGUCUCUCGGUUUUGGAAUUAAAGAGCAUGGGCUGAAGGAAGGGUGGUAUGAUGGUGGAAGCAUAUUUGUAGCCGUCAUUCUAGUCAUUUCUGUCUCUGCUGUGAGUAACUUCAGGCAAAACAGACAGUUCGAAAAGUUGUCCAAAGUCAGCAACAAUAUCAAAGUUGAUGUUUUCAGAAAUGGGCGCCGUCAGGAGAUCUCCAUAUUUGAAAUAGUCGUUGGAGAUGUUGUUAGCUUAAAAAUCGGUGACCAAGUUCCUGCCGAUGGGUUGUUCUUGGAUGGGCAUUCACUACAAGUGGAUGAAUCCAGCAUGACCGGGGAGAGUGACCAUGUUGAAGUUAAUAGCAGCCAUAAUCCAUUUUUGUUUUCUGGGACCAAAGUGGCUGAUGGAUAUGCUCAAAUGCUUGUGACAUCGGUUGGUAUGAACACAACAUGGGGCCAGAUGAUGAGCACAAUCAGCCGUGACACUAAUGAACAAACACCAUUACAAGCCAGGCUCAACAAACUUACCUCAUCAAUAGGUAAGGCUGGUUUGGCAGUUGCUUUUCUAGUUCUUGUAGUGUUGUUGGUUCGCUAUUUCACUGGCAAUACAGAAGAUGAGAAUGGAAAUCAGGAGUUCAAUGGCAACAAAACAAAGGCUGAUGAUAUAGUAAAUGCUGUGGUCGGAAUCAUUGCUGCUGCAGUUACCAUUGUGGUUGUUGCAAUUCCAGAAGGCCUGCCGUUGGCUGUCACACUCACUCUUGCUUAUUCAAUGAAGAAAAUGAUGGCUGACCAGGCUAUGGUUCGGAAGCUCUCUGCCUGUGAGACCAUGGGCUCUGCCACCACAAUUUGUACUGACAAAACAGGUACUCUCACUAUGAACCAGAUGAAGGUGACAAAGAUUUGGCUUGGCCAAGAACCUAUUGAAGUUUCCUCUUCAAUUUCAACAAAUCUUCUCAACCUCAUCCAACAAGGAGUUGCCCUGAACACAACUGGUAGCGUUUACAAGGCUAGUUCGGGAUCUUCUAAGUUCGAGUUCUCUGGUAGUCCAACUGAAAAAGCAAUUCUUUCAUGGGCUGUACUGGAACUUGAUAUGGACAUGGAGAUAUUGAAGCAGAAUUGUACCAUUCUCCAUGUUGAAGCCUUCAAUUCGGAGAAGAAAAGAAGUGGGGUUUUAGUGAGGAGUAAGGCUGAUAACACAAUCAACGUGCACUGGAAGGGAGCUGCAGAGAUGAUACUAGCAAUGUGUUCGAGUUACUAUGAUGCUUCUGGAAGCACGAAAGAUAUGGAUGAUGGUGAGCGGAUGACAUUUGAGCAAAUAAUUCAAGGUAUGGCCGCUAGUAGCCUCCGCUGCAUUGCUUUUGCACAUAAACAGAUUCCAGAGGAAAAACAUGAAAUUAGAGAAGCCACCCAAAAGCUAAAAGAAGAUGGCUUGACCCUUAUAGGACUAGUAGGGAUAAAGGACCCGUGUAGACCAGGGGUGAGAAAAGCCGUGGAAGAUUGCCAAUAUGCUGGAGUGAAUGUGAAAAUGAUCACUGGUGAUAAUGUUUUCACUGCAAGAGCCAUAGCCACUGAAUGUGGAAUACUAAGACCUGAUCAAGGCAUAAACAAUGAGGCAGUGGUAGAAGGUGAGGUAUUUCGGAAGUACACCCCAGAAGAGAGAAUGGAGAAAGUUGAUAAAAUUCAUGUGAUGGCUAGAUCCUCUCCCUUUGAUAAACUUCUCAUGGUACAGUGCUUGAAACAGAAAGGUCAUGUGGUUGCAGUCACAGGUGAUGGCACAAAUGAUGCACCAGCAUUAAAAGAAGCCGACAUAGGACUUUCUAUGGGGAUACAGGGCACUGAAGUGGCCAAGCAGAGCUCAGAUAUCAUCAUCUUGGAUGAUAAUUUUGCUUCUGUAGCAACAGUUUUAAGGUGGGGAAGGUGUGUUUAUAACAACAUUCAGAAAUUCAUCCAGUUCCAGCUUACAGUGAAUGUUGCAGCCCUUGCAAUCAACUUUGUAGCAGCAGUUUCAGCUGGCGAGGUCCCCUUAACAGCAGUGCAAUUAUUGUGGGUAAACUUGAUCAUGGAUACACUAGGUGCUCUUGCUCUCUCCACAGAGCAACCCACCAAGGGGCUAAUGGAUAGACCACCUGUGGGUCGGACGGAGCCACUUAUCACCAACAUCAUGUGGAGGAAUUUACUAGCCCAAGCAUUGUAUCAGAUAGCUGUCCUCUUGACCUUACAAUUCAAAGGAGAAUCAAUCUUUGGUGUGAACGAGAAGGUAAAGGACACCUUGAUAUUCAAUACUUUCGUAAUGUGCCAGGUCUUUAAUGAAUUCAAUGCAAGGAAGCUGGAGAAGAAGAAUGUGUUUGAAGGGAUACAUAAAAACAAGUUGUUUUUGGGGAUCAUUGGGAUAACCAUUAUUCUUCAGGUGGUUAUGGUGGAAUUUUUGAAGAAGUUUGCAGAUACGGAGAGGCUGAAUUGGGGACAAUGGGGUGCAUGCCUUGGAAUUGCAGCAGUAUCUUGGCCACUGGGUUGGGUUGUCAAGUGCAUACCUGUCUCAAAUAAACCAUUUCUCAGCUAUCUAAAGUGGUAGGAAUUUCACUCUUAAGGAUAUCAAUUAUCAUUCUGUUGUAUGUCUGCCCAAAGAUUUAGUCAUGUAUCACAUUUGUUAUUUUUUUUUUCCGUUAUGAAGCUUAGUGUCUAUGUAGCUAGGCACUGCCAACAUCAAUAAAAUUUCAGGGACUUUUUUUCCUUUUAA